AUGGAUAGUCAAAGCUUAAUUAAAGAACUUAUAGAACUCCGAGCUCUAAAACAAGAGAAAGACUCUUUUAAAGAAGCCCACAAAAAGCUAUUAGCUCAAAUUUCUAAUUUAGAAGUUACGAUAACUGAGCUUAACACAAUAAUUGAAGUCAAAGAUGAGGAAAUAAGGAAAAUCAAAGAAGCAUAUGGCUCAGCUGUUUCUCAAAUCAAACAGCUGCAAGAUAAAAUAAAAGACCCAGAAACGAAAGUUAUGGCAAGAUCAUUGGAAAAUAGCAACAAAAAUCUUCAGGAAUCAUUAUUUCAGAUGCAAAUAAGCUUGGAGCAAUCAAAUCAUUUGAAGAAUACUUAUGAACAAAAGUUCAAAGAAGCUACAAAGAAGUUGAUGGAAAAUAAAAUAAGCAGCCCUUCACAAGAUUUGAGACAAAUAAACGAAAAUCUAUGAUAAUCGCAUUAAAUGCUUAUAUAAUAUCAUCAUAAAAUAGAAAAUACAAAAUUUAACGGAUUAGAAUAGUAAAGCAACUUGAAAAAAAAGAAAUCGAAAUCAAAGAAUUAAAAAUAGCCUACGAAAAGCAGAUUAAAGCCAGAGAUUUGGAGCUACAAGAACUUAAAUCAAUGUAUGAAAGAAGCGUAGAUGCUCCUUAUCACAGCAUAAUGAACACUGAAAUUUCGAUAGCUAAAGUUGAAGUUCCUCAAAGAGCAAAAACGACUCUGACUCAAAGCGUUACUUUACUACCUUCUUCACAGUCAAAAACUCGAAGGCAAGAAAGAGCAACUUCUUCGAGAAGCAAAAAGCCUCCUAGUUUAGACCCUGAAAAGUCAAAGACAUUAAAACCUUUAUCAUCCCCAAAAAGCAAUACUUUGACAAGCUCCAGCUCUUCUUCACGCUAUGUUCCAAGCUUUUUAAGAAAAAGAUUAACUCCAAGCGAUUUAUUGUAA